AUGGAUUUCUUGCAACCACGCCCUCGAGCCAUCAUCUUCGACCUCGGCGAUGUUCUCUUCACCUGGUCUGCCAACACGACGACGACUAUUCCAGCUCGGAAGUUAAGAGAAAUCCUCUCUACGCCUGUUUGGUGUAGUUAUGAGCGUGGCGAGAUCACUCGUGAUGCCUGUUACAAGCUGAGUGCCCGACAAUUCUCUCUCUCAGAGUCCGAGAUCGCCGAGGCAUUUGCUCAGGCACGCGAGUCUCUACAGCCCGACUAUGCCAUCAUCUCAUUCCUUCACGAGUUGAAAAAAGAUCCUACUAUCCAAGUAUAUGCUAUGUCAAAUAUAGGCAAAGAAGACUUUGAGGAGCUUGCGACAAUAACGGACUGGCAUCUUUUCGAUGGAGUGUUCACCUCGGCUGCGGCAGGCAUGCGAAAGCCGGAGUUGGGAUUUUACCGUCACGUUCUAGACCAUAUUGACUUAGCUGGAAAGCAAGUCAUCUUCAUUGACGAUAAAGAAGAAAAUGUCAAUGCGGCGCGAGCAGUAGACAUCCAGGGUCUUGUUUUCGGGAAUUCGACAAUUCAAAUAUUGCACGAGCUACUGGACAGUUCGGUGGGCAAGGGCUGGCGAUAUUUGUUCCAGAAUGGGAAGCACUGUGACUCUAUUACAGACAGCGGGAUUGUCUUCGCAGAUAAUUUUGCAAAAUUGCUGGUUGCAGAUACGUUGCAAGACCAGACCCUUGUCGAUCUUAGUUGGGGAUCUAAGAAGACCUGGAAUUUCUUCGCCGACAAACCAGCACUCAGAGAUAUUUUCCCUGAUGAUCUUGAUACCACAGCACUCGCACUCACAGUUCUUCGACCGUCGCUGGCCGAAAUCGCCUCGCCUAUUCUAGACAUGAUGGCCGAAUAUGUCAAGGAUGACGGUAAUUUCCAGCGAACACCAGUAGCAAUGGGGAAGGACGUGGAAAAGUCCUUUAAGCUCAAGGAAGAUGGGAACAAACACUUCCAAUCCGGCGAUUUUAUAGGCGCCGAGAGCCUUUACUCUAAAGCCAUCAUCGCCGACGAUACGAACCCCUCAUUGUACACAAAUCGUGCUAUGGCACGGCUUCGACUCGAAUUAUACGAAUCGGCCAUCUCAGACUGCAACGAGUGUCUCAAGCUAAGCGGAGGUAAUCUAAAAGCCUACUUUGUCCUUUCGAAGUGCCAACUCUCUAUACACGACUAUAACGCUGCCCUCGAGAGCGCUCUGCAAGCCCACCGCUUGUGCGUUGAGACGAACGAUAAAUCACUGGGCCCAGUUACCGACCAAGUCCUACGCUGUAAGAAAGAACGCUGGGACGAGAUGGAAAAGCAGAGGGUUCGUGAGGGUCAAGAGCUGGAGAAUGAAGUCAUUGGCCUCUUGGAGCGCGAACGCGAGGACAUGAUCGGCUCGUGCGACAACGACUUCGACAGAGAUCAGGUUACGCAGGAGUGGAAUCACAAGAUCGAAUUGCUACGAUCGACAUUCGAAAAGGCUAGAGUCGCAUCAGAGAAGAAGCGCGAGGUCCCUGACUGGGUAAUUGAUGACAUUAGUUUCGGUAUCAUGAUCGAUCCGGUAAUUACCAAGACUGGCAAGUCAUACGAGAGGGCGUCUAUUAUGGAGCAUCUUCGAAGACAUCCCACCGAUCCUUUGACAAGAGAGCCGCUGCACCCAAGCGACCUACGGCCAAACCUUCAACUGAAGGAAGCCUGCCAAGAAUUUUUAGACCAGAACGGAUGGGCAGUCGAUUGGUAA